AUGACCUACAGCUGUUCUUACAGUGCGAUAGGGCGGACGGCCUCUCUCUCUUUGACCUCACCUCUGGCGCUUCCCCUGCCCCUGCUGCUGAUGCUGACGCCACUGUUCGCUCCCAAUGGGCCACGCGCGAUGCUGCUGCACGUCUUGCUGUGCGUCGCCACCUCCCUACCUCCGAGCGUGCGCACUUUAGUCAGUACAAGAGUGCUCAGACCUUGUACGCCGCUGUAGUCGCGCGCUACUCCUCCCCUUCCACUGCUGCACUGAGCCGUCUCAUGCUGCCGUACCUCUUCCCUGACCUUGCUUCUUUUCCCACCGUUGCUGACCUCAUUACGCACCUCCGCACUAGUGACACUCGCUACCGCGCUGCACUUCCUGCUGACUUCUGCACCGCGAACCCCCCCCCCAUGUACAUCACUCUGUACUUCCUAGUCACUCGCCUCCCUGACUCCCUUCGAGUAGUCAGGGACCACUUUCUCUCAGUCUGUCCCACCACACUCACUGUAGACCUCCUCGAGAAGGCCCUCCUCGCGAUAGAAAAGAGCAUAGUCGCUGUAGGAGCCUCUCGAGCGGGAGACGCCGCCCUGGCAAGGGCAAGGGGGGCAAGGGAGCUGGAGGUAGCGGGCGGUGGAGGUGGAGGUGGAGGCAGUGGGGGGAGUGGGGGUAGCGGUGGAGGUGGAAGUGGGGGUGGGGGGGUUCGGUUGGCGGCAGUGGAGGCGGAGGCCGCGGCGGCGGUGGCGGUGGUAGCGGAGGUGGCGGAGGAGGCGGCGGUGGAGGAGGCGGUGGAGGCGGCGGCGGCAGUGGAGGCAGCGGAGGCGGUGGAGGCGGUGGGGGUGGCGGUGGAGCUGGUCGCGGGUCUUUGCAGAGGAGUGGCUCCGGUGGUGGCUCGCGCCAGCAGCAGCAGCGUGGUCGUGCGACCCUGUCCCCUCAGCAGCUCCGUGAGUGGUACACUGCACGCCAGCGGGGGUACUGGUGAGGCUGCUGCCCUAGGUGCUUACGACGCUGCUGCUCUAGGUGCUGGUGUGUCUGCGUCCUCAGGUACUGGUGAGUCUGCUCUCUCAGGUACCGCGUCGGCUUCGGCCUCUCCCUCACCUUCACUCUUGACUCUGGGGCGUCUCGCUCCUUCUUUCGGGACCCGCACCACACUCACGCCGCUUAGCGAGCCGGUUGCGGUGUCUCUGGCUGACCCCUCUGGGGGUCCGGUCUCUGUCUCGUUUCUCCACAGUCCUCCCGUGUCGGCGGCUCCCUCUGGCACCCUGUCUGGUCUCUACCUCCCCUCGUUCUCGACGACAACCUG